AUGCUGGUCUUCCUAGUCAUUUUAAUCUCAUUAUUAUUGAUUCUCUUUAUUGCUUAUAAAACUCGAUGGAUAUAUACACUUAUAUACAAGUUUGAUGAAAAUUCAACAGCAUAUGGUGGUGAACUUGUUGCUAAUGUUCUUAAAGCUCAUGGAAUUCCAUAUGUAUUUUGUUUAUCCGGUGGUCAUAUAUCGCCAAUAUUAGUUGCUUGUGAAAAACGUGGUAUACGUAUAAUUGAUACUCGUCAUGAAGUAAAUGCUGCAUUUGCUGCUGAUGCAGUUUCCCGUCUAAGUGGCAAAAUUGGUGUUUGUGUUGUUACUGCUGGACCCGGUCUAACAAAUACUGUCACUGCAAUAAAAAAUGCACAGAUGGCUGAAAGUCCAUUAUUAUUAAUCGGUGGUUGUGCAGCUAAUUUAUCGAAAGGACGUGGUGCAUUACAAGAUAUUGAUCAUAUGUCUUUAUUUAAAUCAAUAUGUAAAUAUACAGUCAGCGUUAAACGUGUACGUGAUAUUACAAAUAUACUUCGACAAGCUAUUUCUAUUGCUCAAUCAGGAACACCAGGACCAGUAUUUGUUGAAUUUCCAAUUGAUGUUUUAUAUCCAUUUCAUAUAGUUGAACGUGAAGUUGGAAUAAAACCAAAUCCAAAAACAAUAUUAGAUAGAAUAGCAAAUUUAUAUUUAUCAGCUUAUACACGUGGAACAUUUGCUGGAGCUUUUGAUAAACAAGAUGUUUUACCAAUACCACCACAAAUACCUUUUGCAUCAAAUGCUUUGAUCCACAAAGCUGCGCACCUUCUUCGAUCAGCAAAUAGUCCAGUUUGUUUAUUAGGUAGUCAAACUACGCUUCUACCAACAUCAACAAGUGCUGUUGUUGAAGCACUUGAAUCAAUGAACAUUCCAUGUUUUCUCGGUGGUAUGACAAGAGGUUUACUUGGUAAAAAUAGUUCAAUACAAUUUCGUCACUGUCGAAAAGAAGCAUUAAAAGAUGCUGAUGUUGUUCUUUUAAUUGGUGCUGUUUGUGAUUUUCGUCUUGGUUAUGGAAAAGUUCUUUCGAGAAAAUCAAAAAUUAUUAUUGUUAAUCGAAAUUCAUUUAGUUUACAUCAAAAUAGUGAUGUUUUUUGGAAACCAACAUUACCUAUUAAAGGUGAUCCAGCUGAUUUUCUGAUACGAUUAAAUAAAAUUUUAUUAGACAAACAUUUUAAAUGUCCUAAUGUAUGGAUUGAAACUCUUCGAAAUAAAGAUAAUAUUAAAGAAGAAACUAAUCGAAAAAAAGGAUCCGAAUUAACAGAGGUUCAUUUAAAUCCAGUACAUGUUCUACAAGAAUUAGAAAAUCAAUUACCUGAUAAUGCAAUUUUAGUUGGAGAUGGAGGAGAUUUCGUAGCUACAGCUGCGUAUAUACUUCGUCCACGAGCUCCACUAACAUGGUUAGAUCCAGGUGCAUUUGGUACAUUAGGUGUCGGUGCUGGAUUUGCUUUAGGUGCAAAAUUAGUUCGACCUGAAGCAAGUGUUUGGAUUAUUUAUGGUGAUGGUGCACUUGGUUAUAGUAUUAUGGAAUAUGAUACAUUUAUCCGACAUAAAAUACCAAUUAUAUCAGUUGUGGGUAACGAUGCUUGUUGGAGUCAAAUUGCUCGUGAUCAAGUUCCAUUAUUAGGCAGUAUUGUUGGAUGUUCAUUAGAGUAUUCGAAAUAUGAUAAAAUAGUUGAAGCUUUGGGUGGUGUUGGUUUUCAACUUGAUCGUACAAAUGAACAUGAUAUAAAAAAUAUAUUUAAACAAGCAAAUGAACUCAAUCAAGAACAACAAAAAAGUGUUCUCAUUAAUUGUCUCAUCGGAAGAACAAAUUUUCGUGAAGGCAGUGUGUCGGUGUAA